CUUCCAGUGAAAUAACCAUCAAUAAGAGACUCAUCCAUCCGUAAAUGGAUAAAUAGACAAGCACAUUUUCUUACAUAUAAGUUGGAUUUUCAAUUUGUGCCUAAAAUAUCUUGAUAAUAACUUACUUGGAAUUGUAAUUGUGUAAUAAUUUUUCUACAGACUCCCGAAGAAUGGAGUUGGGAAUAACAUUUUUACAAAAUAUUUAUAAUUCAUAAGCAAUACAGAGUCAACAAAACAUGAUUAUUAAUGUUCAUUGAAAAUAUACCUGUUUUAAUAAAUUGAAGCUGAAAAUGAAGUGUAUUCCGUGUCUUCUACUUGUGGUUUGUUUAAAAGUGAUAGAUGCCAAAAUAAAUAUUGAUAUUACAGCCGGAUCGAAGGACCCUAAAGAUGUUAUUAUCAAAUACUCAGGUAUAGAUCUAAAAAUUGUCACAGACCAUGAGAUCAACAUAUUCAAAAUAAAUGAUCGCAAUUUAAAAGAGGCAUUAAAGAAACGGUACGGAGUAAAACCAACGAAUGUUUACGUCAAAAGUCCCACGCCAUGGGGAGAUUUGUACAAGAAAAACAAUUGGGAACAAGUCACGAGGGCAUUAACGAUAAAAUCUGCUAGAAUAAAGAACCUUUCUCUGACACCAGUGAUAGUAACUUCGAACGAUUUUGAGAAUUAUUCAAACAAAACAAUCAAAGUGAACACUGGCAUUAGUCAGGCAGUUGAGAAUUCAGUUACUACAAGUUGGUCGAGGACCAACGAAAUUACAGUGAACUCAGAAGUUGAAUAUGGCAUCAACGUUAUUUUCGAAAAAGCCACCGCUCGGAUGGGGAUUUCUUACACAGCCAAUUGGGGUAAAAGCGAAGAAAAAUCUGAGACUGUCACAAUUGGUUCCAGCACAUCAAUGGAAACUGAAUUGGCUCCUAGGCAAGCCGUUACAAGUGUUUUAUCUGCUAACCGAGGUAAUAUGGAAAUUGAAGUCAUUUAUAAAGCUAUACUUAAAGGAAAUGUAGCGGUGAAUUACAGACGGAAGGUAAACGGUCAUCAUUUUUGGGGCCCAACUAUUCAAGAUGUCAUGACGAAUGGUAAUUUGAACAACGAGAAGACUUCUGUGCAGAUUAUUAAGAUUGGAUUUUAUUCAGAGGCGUCUCUGAAAGUGUACGAUAAGGUAACGGGUGUGCCGAUAUAAAGCAAAUAUUUCGUUUCGCGUAAACUUUUUUGUCAAUUAUUUACCUACCUAGUACCUCUUUUCUGUGCUCUGUGCUAGUACCUACUGACGAUUAAAGGGGGAUUUCUAUUGUGAUGCCUGAUGAAGAUGAUGAAAAUUGCCGUGAAUGAUUGACUCAUUGAAAUACAUUUUCAGUUUUUUAUAAUAAAUAAAAGAAAUAUAUCUGUUGGGGUUGUUAUUAAAAUUAUUGUCAUUUUACAGUUUAAUACAGCAUGUCACGCUAUCCAAAAUUGCAAUUUUUGAAGAAAGGAUGAGGGUUCAUUAGAGGGUUUACAGAUUCUAAAAAAAAAAUUGAGGUUCAUAUAAAGCGCAUACAAUUUUUUUUACAAUUAUCUAAAUAUUAUAGAAUAUAUAUGUAUUUUAAGCAUUUUUCACCAAGAACGUUUUUCAGUAUAAAAUGAUGAGUGCAAAAUUGAGAAAAAUAUAAUAACUUUUUAAUACCUGUUUGAUGUUUAAAAAACUGGAAACUUCUUGAAUACACAAAGUUUCCAGUUUUUGGAUAUGUCGCCAAAAUUCACCCGUUUUCAAAUUUAACUUAUAUUUUUAUAUGAGUAUAUUGUCUGAGUAUAAGUAAUUUUUAUAUAAGUACAAGGGUGCAUCACUUUCAAAUUAAAAUCUAUAAUAAAACAUUGAGCUCUAAAACUUACAUAAAAACCCACCAAGAGCGAGUCGGGCAGGCGCACUGUGAAACGAGAAAUAAUACUUUUGUCGUAUUUAAGGAGCCCCUUUAAUAUAUUUUUAUUCUGUUUUUUAGUAUUUAUUGUUAUAGUGGCAAUAGAAAUACAACAUCAGUGAAAUUUUCAACUGUCUAUAAUAUACUAUUGUUUAUAGUAGGUAUACAUUAAUUAUAACUAGUCAUUGCCAAAAUUCAACCACUUUUUUUAAUAAUAUUAGUGUUUUGUUAUUGUCAAUGAUUAUAUUUCUGAUUGAUUGUGUUGAUUUCAGUGACAAUAGGUGUUUAUCAUGUAAGUAUGUGAUACUUUUAAUUUGUAGAAUACUAGUAUCUAUGAUAUGAUGUAAUUGUUUUAUGAAUUGCCUAAUUGCGAAAUGUAAUAAAGGGUAAAUAAAGUCUUGAAUUGAAUUGAAUAUCACGGUUCAUGAGAUUACAGCCUGGUGACAAACGGACAGGCAGACA